AUGACGGCGGAGGGAAUUGAUGUUAAGAAAACCAGGAGAGGCAGACCAACAAUCGCUGAGAGAGCGGCCAAGACGGAAAGGAAGGGAGCGUUAGCGCAGUAUAGUCCACAUUUGAGAAACUGCCGAAUUUGGAUUAACUUGCCAGCAGCAUUUGAAGAAGAAAACUGUCUGGUUCAAAGAUUAUUUGAGAAUGGAAUUCAAAUCUUGUUGGCAGUCUAUAAUGCUCCAAAAUCUGUAGACAGUAUCGAUCAUCUUCGUUAUGCACAAUACGUCAAGUCUACAAAACUGAAUAAACCUGUGCAGUUAUCAAAUAUUCCGCCAACAAGUGUAGCAGCUCACCAACAUUUCAAUUGUGUUUAUUAUCAAGUUCAAACUUGGUUAAGGCAUGAUUUGGAACCCCAGGAAUGGGGUUGGACAAUGCGUAACAAAUUCCUGGAACCUAUCACGACAAUUUUUGCACCUGCUCUAGAGGAAUUGCUCAACACAAUAUUCUGCAACUGCAAGAGUGGUUGUUGUUCGCGAUUUAGAUGCAGGAAAUCGGGGUUGCAGUGCUCUUUAGCUUGUAGCCAGUGUAAUGGGCAAACUUGUUUCAAUGCUUUACCAUAUCAGAGCGAUGUCAAUGAAGACAGAACCUUGGAUCCCGAAAUCAUGAAAGACCUGGAGACAAAUGUCGUUAAAGACAACAAAAAAGAGGACUUUGAAAUACUACAGCGAUCGGAAGACRACGAUGAAGAAGAAGAAGAUAAUUAAAAUUAUAAGUUGUAGUUCUUGUAAUUUUUAUUUAAUUUUUUUUAAU